ACGCACACUGGCGUCGUGUCGGGAUUGGAAUGUAACAGAGUAACAAUCGGAACAACUGAGCAAUAGGUGACUGGGCUCGCGGAUCAAGGAACUCCGUUGAUUUUAUUUGCGAAGGAAACAUCCUGUAAAAGGGAAACGUCGCUUUCCAGAGCCGGCGUCCCGAUGAAGAGGAAAUCCACUUCUUGCGCGUGUGAAGGUCCACGGAGCGCGCUGGAAUAAGAGAAAUGCAGGGAUUCGUGAGGUUACGGUGAACUGUUUUUGUUUCGGAGGUGAAUGGAGCAGCGGUGGGCUUCAGUUUAGAUUGGAAACGCCACGGCAUCGUCGUUGUAUUAUUAACGACUUUACAUCUUUUCCAGCGGGACCCCCUGCUCUCCAAAGGCGAACUCCAUGAGUCAGUGCCGCCGCAACUCUCCGACGCGGCGUUUUUAUUACUCCAACUUAAGUCAGUGAGUAAGCAUACCUGAUUGUGUGUUUAUAAUGAUCUGAACAGCUUCGGAUACGGCUGCGUUGUGAAAUGUCGCUACUAGACAGACGAGCGAAGAGCCUGAUGUAAAAUCGCCCACAUGCGCUGGAUCAAUCGCUUGCUGUUAGGUGAUCGGAAUCUGAAGAGUUGUAAAUCCUCGCAGGCUGGAAGAUGGCGGAGCAGUACUAUAGCUGGAGGGGGUGGUGGUGCUGCUGCUGAGAGACAAACUUCCAACCGCUUGAGAUUUAUUUGCAAACACCGCGAUCUGGACACAUGCAGGCCAAAAAACGAUAUCUGAUCUCGCUCUUGACUGGCGCCUUUCUAGUUCUGCUCUUUUACUUUGGAGGAGGAGGAGGGGUCCCGGGUCCGGCGGCCACGGGAUCCAGGAGCCGACAUGGAUAUAAUCGUCCCGAUCAGCCGUGGCCACACUUCUCGGAUCCCUUACAACACUUGAGCCCGUGGGACCAUUCGGACACGGAGGAAUAUAAUGUGCACAUAUCGCCCAGGCAGAAGAGAGACGUUAACUCGAGCGUUUACAAGGGCAAAAGGUGCCGCAUGCAAUCAUGCUUCGAUUUCUCUCUCUGUCAGAGGAACGGAUUCAAAGUGUACGUGUACCCGCAGCAGAAGGGCGAGAAGAUCUCGGAAAGUUACCAGAAUAUUUUAUCCACCAUCGAGGGCUCUAGGUUUUACACUUCUGACCCUGGCCAAGCGUGUCUGUUCGUCCUGAGCUUGGACACUCUUGACCGCGACCAGUUAUCGCCGCAGUACGUGCACAAUCUCAAAACCAAGGUGCAGAGCUUGGCUCUUUGGAACAAUGGUAGAAAUCACCUCAUAUUUAAUUUGUAUUCGGGCACAUGGCCUGACUACACGGAAGACUUGGGCUUUGACAUCGGACAGGCCAUGCUGGCCAAAGCAAGCAUCAGUACUGAGAACUUCAGACCUAACUUUGACGUAUCCAUCCCCUUGUUCUCCAAGGAGCACCCAAGGACCGGUGGGGACAGGGGGUACUUGAAAUACAACACCAUUCCACCUUUUAGAAAGUAUAUGUUGGUAUUUAAGGGGAAACGCUAUUUGACCGGCAUCGGCUCAGACACGAGGAAUGCCUUAUAUCAUGUUCAUAACGCGGAGGAUGUAGUUCUUCUCACCACCUGCAAACAUGGCAAGGAUUGGCAGAAACACAAGGACGCGCGAUGUGACAAGGACAACGCCGAGUAUGACAAGUAUGACUACCGUGAAAUGCUGCACAAUUCCACCUUCUGCCUGGUUCCACGAGGACGACGGCUGGGAUCUUUUCGCUUCCUGGAGGCUCUGCAGGCGGCCUGCGUGCCGGUCAUGCUGAGUAACGGUUGGGAACUCCCCUUCUCGGAGGUCAUCGACUGGAACACGGCCGCUGUGAUCGGGGAUGAGAGGCUCCUGCUGCAGAUCCCGUCCACGGUGCGCUCCAUUCAUCAGGAUAAGAUUCUGGCUCUGCGACAGCAGACGCAGUUCUUGUGGGAGGCCUACUUCUCGUCCGUGGAGAAGAUUGUGCUCACCACUCUAGAAAUCAUACAGGACCGAGUGCUUCAGCAGACCUCCAGGAGCAAUCUGAUGUGGAACAGUCAUCCCGGCGGGCUUUUCACACUGCCGCAGUACUCAUCCUACCUGGGAGACUUCCCUUUCUUCUACGCCAAACUUGGGAUCAAGCCGAGUCCUAAGUUCACUGCUGUUAUCCAUGCUGUCACGCCGCUGGUUUCUCAAUCUCAACCCAUUCUCAAGCUCCUCGUCUCAGUGGCCAGAUCUCAGUACUGCGCUCAGAUUAUUGUAUUGUGGAACUGUGACAAGCCUUUACCUGCCAAGCAUCGAUGGCCGGCCACCUCAGUGCCCAUCAUUGUCAUCGAAGGAGAGAACAAGGUCAUGAGCAGCCGGUUUCAGCCGUAUGACAGUAUCAUCAGUGAUGCAGUGUUGAGUCUGGAUGAGGACACGGUGUUGUCGACCACUGAGGUGGACUUUGCCUUCACGGUGUGGCAGAGUUUCCCGGAGAGAAUUGUGGGAUAUCCUGCCCGCAGUCACUUCUGGGACAAUAAUAAGGAGCGCUGGGGUUACACCUCUAAAUGGACCAAUGACUAUUCCAUGGUUCUCACCGGAGCUGCCAUUUACCACAGAUAUUACCACUUCCUGUAUACCCACUUCCUGCCAAACAGCCUGAAGAGCAUGGUGGACCAGCUGGCCAACUGUGAGGACAUCCUCAUGAACUUCCUAGUGUCCGCCGUCACCAAGCUGCCGCCCAUCAAGGUCACACAGAAGAAGCAGUACAAGGAGACCAUGAUGGGUCAGUCAUCUCGAGCCUCGCGCUGGGCCGACCCGGACCACUUCGCCCAGCGUCAGACCUGCAUGAACAAGUUCGCCAGCUGGUUUGGCGGCAUGCCUCUGGUCCACUCCCAAAUGAGACUGGACCCCGUUCUGUUCAAGGACCAGGUCUCCAUCCUCCGCAAGAAAUACAGGGAGAUCGAGCGGCUCUGACCAGACUGGCGCCCCCUGUCGGACAUUCAACAGGGGGCCGCGAGAGACUCUCCGGAGCACAGGAGGACCAUAGCGGACGAGCCCGUGGCUCAGUUUCCCCUUCAGCACACGAGCAAAGGACACAAGGACGUGACGGCCUCUGUGGACCUUCAGACACACGUGACACGCUUGUAACUCUUCGGAAGAUUUAGUUUUGUUUCAGGGUUGGUGACACAACAGAUGAACUGAACUUUCCCAGCACACGAGAGAGUUGUUGGACGACAGGAGGGACGCAUCAUUUGUGUUAGCACUUCUUCACCACGCCACAUCUGGAUACAUGCAUCUUCCCGCCAUCUUCGUGUUCUCCGAAUCCGUUCUUUCCGAGGUCUCGGAGAAAAUGAGCCGGGUUUUGUGUGCGAGCGAGCUCGUAUGGUUUUAUUUCCAAGUUUUUGAGGUAUUGCAUUGCAAUAAAGAUGUUUUUCCAGUACAAAUGUCUAAAAAUGUUUAAAUCAAGAUGCAUUUACUUGAGAAGCAACUUAAGAUAUAAAGUAUAAAAAUGAGAGUUUGUGCUUAAAACGAGAAAAAAAUGUCAAUGGGGUUAGAAAAAUAAUCGUUUUCCCUUUGAAUGAAGUUCCAUUGACAGAUAUUUGUUCUUGUUUUAAACAAACUCAAGAUAUUAAGUCAAGAAAAUCAUGAAAAUGAAGUUUGUGCUUAAAACAAGAACAAUUUGAACAAGAACAAUUCUGACCCCAUUGACAUUUUCUUCUCAUUUUAAACACAAACUCUUCAUUUUGCUUGACUUAAUAUCUUAAGUCUUGUUGCUUCUCGAGUAAAUGCAUCUUGAUUUAAGAGACGUUUUUAAAUGAAAAGCAAGACUUUUUUGCAGCGUAGGGGCUUUUGUUAUUUUCAAAAGACUACAUAAUGAUCAUUUAGAUUCGGUGGAAUUGAUUCAAUGUAGGUUGAAAAGUUCACAAACGCAGAAGGGUGCAAAAUAAAUUGCAUUCGUAACGGCGUUCCCUCUUAUUAGUGGCAUAGCCAGCGUUUAAACACCCUGCAGUAUUUUAUUGCUUUUAUUUUUAAAAAAUGGUGCCAAGACUAAUGAGUUGCCUUAAGUGGCUUAUCAAACCUAAUUAAUUCAUGCAAAUCCACCUUAAAAAAAAUUAAUUAGAAUUCCCCAAAUCCUCACAGCCAGACUUGGAAAAACGAGCAUGGACGGCGUCUGUUUUCUCUGGACGAGAAAAGUUUGGUAGACAGGUUGCAUGGUAAGGACUUGCGGCCGUAGUUUAAGUGAGACAUCUCUCACCUCCUUUAUCUUCCCUGUCGCUGUGAAAAAUGAGCUGUCCGUCAAAGUUCAAUGGCACUGCCUCAUUCCUCCCUCCCUAUUUUAAACUCGGCUCCUUCGCAUAUAAAACUCACUCAGCCACAAAUGGACACCCGGCUAAUUUAUGUCCCCUGCAAAAGCGACAUCUGCCGUUACAUCCUUUCUGGUUGAUUUCCGGCUCUCGAGACCAGUGUUGUUUCUCUGUGUUUUCCAGAGAGCGGAGCGUGUCGUCAGCCUCCGCUCACAGGUACUUGAAUGUCUGAUGACUUGAAGGAGUGCUGUGCUUUAGUGGCCUUUUGUGAAGGUGACUGGACUUAAAAUGUGCCAGCUGUGAGCCAAAGCCUUUUUAUUUUCCUUUUCACUUUCCCUUCACAUUACGCAUCAGAAUUCAUAUCGUACACUACGUCACGGUCAGCCCGCGCUGACAUUUAAACGCGUAUCUGACACUGAAUGUUGUUUAGGAACCCGUUCCGCAGACCUCAAUGGUCGCGCGUUGUAUUUUAAUAAGCUUUUCGACAGCGAAUCGUCAAUCUGCAGAUUAUCAGAACCAAGUGAAAAUCCUAAUUAUGGCCUGAAUUAAAUUUUAAAGUGUUUCGUCCAUCUUGACAUUUACGUUUGGGUGCUUGCUUGAAUCUUGUUAUACAAGUAUGUGAAUUAAUUUCAAGUCCCUGAAAGCUUCUACUAUAAUUGCCCUCUUAACGGUUGCAUUUGUAAUUAGUUUUGACUUUUUGUUUGCACACAAACGGCCCACAUCUGGUUGAGUUUUAAGUUCAGCAAGCCAAUUUAAAUUGUUUAUCGUCUGGCCUCACACGACGCUUCAAAAGCGUGACUUAUCACUGUACAUACAGCUGAUUAUAUAUACCGUCUGAGAUCGUUUCAGGGGGCAGCUGUGCGCAUCAAAUGUCUGUUUUGAUUAUUAUGUGCAUCCCACCCUGUCUCUAUGCCCUUGCCAACACUGUCAUCAGGGCUUGCGAUACGCUCAACAUCGUCCAGAUCUGCCCGAGGCCCUUGUCAUGUGUACGGACGACACUCUGAUAGGUGUUUGCGUUGAUGCCAGUGUUAUUUUAAUUACCCAGCUUAACGUGACAAAGCCAUUCAUUUGAAAUUGGCCGGUUGAAUGCUGCUGCUACAAACACACACUUGCAAGAUCACCAAAGAAUCUUGGCGAAUUUAAACUCAUUGCUUAGGCGAAGUAAUUUGUCAUGGUUUCUAUACGUGUUCAUCAUUCUCAUUUAGUCUCGAGGCUAACUAGUAAAUCUGCAUACUAAUUUUAACUUACUUCAUCUGCAUACUUACAUUACGUUCUGUGAUUAGCAAUAAGCAAUAUGCUCAAAAACAUCACUGAUCUCUCCGUGAUUGUGCCUUUUGAUUCGAGUGAAUUGAGUUCGCGGUCUUUCGAAUAAUGUUGCGUCAUCUGCCGACACUAAUAAGGUUUCACAGCAUCCGACUGUAUUGCUCACGUUAGGCUGUUAACCAGACUUGCAUGACCACUUUAGACUAUUUAUGAGUAAAUACUGGUUUGUUUUUGGGUUAUUUUUGUUCAGAUCUGUUUGUUUUGCUCCCUCCUGUCCUGACCUGUCAUCCCAGUAAUUAACAGAUGACUUUUUAUAGAGGUAAUAAAAAAAAAUUGCAAAAUGCCAAUUUUGUAUGGAUGAUUUAUAAGAAAAUGAAUAAAGUCAUAUUUGAUGCUA